AUGUCUUCGAAGUUUAUUUGUCUGCGCUCCGCGCGUCUCGCUGCCCGGCACCCGCAUCAUCGAAGGGCAUUUGCCUCGGCCGCCUCUAGCCGUGAUGCUGUAAGAAUCGUGGAAGUUGGGCCACGAGAUGGGUUACAGAAUGAGAAGAAGGUAAUUCCUCUGGCUACGAAGAUAGAGCUGGUCGAGAAGUUGGCACGUACUGGAUUGAAGACCAUCGAAGCAGGGUCGUUCGUGUCGCCGAAAUGGACUCCUCAGAUGGCUAAUUCGUCAGAAAUUCUCGAAUAUGUCCUCCGCAACACACCACAAUCCCCCACGCCGAUCACAUACCAAUGGCUCCUCCCAAAUGUCAAGGGCUUCGAUAACUUCCUGAAACUAUGGAACGCGCAGUUGUCUACAGGGCAAGACGUGUAUCCAACCUCACCGCCCUCACCUGGGCCAGAAGGCGGUCAAGUGCUGAACACUUCCUCGAAAGACCCCAACGUUAUGCCCUCAGCGACAUCUGGCGCCGAAGCCAUGGGCAAGGAGCGAGCGUCGAGCUCAGCCGGCAGCCCACUUCAUGAGAUCUCCAUCUUCACCGCAGCCACUGAGUCAUUCACACAAAAGAACACCAACUGCUCAAUACAAGAGUCGCUGAAGCGCUUCGAGCCCAUUAUGUGGAAGGCAAAGGAGAUGGACCUGAAGGUACGGGCUUACAUCUCGGUCGCUUUGGGAUGCCCAUACGAGGGACCAGACGUAGACCCACAUAAGGUCGCAGAGCUGGCGGUCAACCUGCUGGAGAUGGGUGCAGAUGAGAUCUCGGUCGCAGAUACCACCGGCAUGGGUACAGCACCCAAGACUGCGAAGCUGCUCAAGACUCUUGAUGCUGCUGGAAUUGACAAGCACGACUUGGCGCUGCACUUCCACGACACUUACGGCAUGGCUCUGGUGAACUCGGUAGUAGCUCUCGAGCAUGGCAUCCGCACCUUCGAUGCUGCAGUCGGUGGUCUGGGAGGCUGUCCUUACAGUCCAGGCGCGACUGGCAACGUUGCUACUGAAGACCUGGUUCAUCUCUUCCACAGCUUAGGCAUGCCCACUGGAGUGAACAUGGAAGAGCUGUCGGAAAUUGGCGAAUGGAUAUCGGCAGAGCUUGCGAAGUCGAACGAGAGCAGUGCCGGAAAAGCUACGUUAGCGCAGAUGCGGAAUUGA